UGUAUAACUUCUUCGCGAUCGCGGAUCACGAGGGUUCGUCGCCAUCGGUCGGAUCAGUUGACCGGUUGACGGCCCGUAACUUGGACGCGUAUUUCGACGCAGCAGUCUACCAGCUUCUCCUCCAUCCCUAUACCAAGCCAGUCCGCAGUGAGUGAAGACGUGUCAACGAGUUAUGUGAACUGACCGUAUGUGUUGAGCUAUUUUUCGGUCAAAUAACGUCCGCAAACAGCAGCGGGUGAAAAUUGAUUCCCCUUUAUUUGUGACUGAAGAUUUUGAUAGUGCUCUUGUGCGUCACCAGGCCGGACAGUGUUGUGUGUGAAUCCGAAAGCAACCAAUUGCCGCGAAAACAUGGAUAAGAAGGAAGUGGUGCUUGUUACAGGCGGUUCCGGAUUCUAUGGACAGCACUUGAUCAGGGUGCUGCAGGAGCGGGACAGCAAGGUUGGCGAAAUACGAGUGCUCGACCUUAACCCUUACGAGAAUCGGCUCGGUCACACCGAGAGCAAGAAAGUUGUCUCGUACGUCGGCGACAUCUGCGACGCGAAAGCGAUCGAGCACGCAUUCGAAGGCGUCGACUGCGUGUUUCAUCUGGCCGCGUACAUGAACUUCGACUUUCCGCCGAACUAUGGCGAGCUGCAGCGCGUCAACGUGGACGGGACGGUGCGGGUGAUCGAACUGUGCCGCCGGUACAGCGUGCCCAGGCUCGUCUUUGCUAGCGACUGUCUCAUCCACAUGACACCGUACCUGGGGAAGGCCAACUUUACCAUCAUCUGCAACCAGACGGAACCGAAGACGAAGGUCCCGGCGAAGGAGAGCGACUUCCAGAUACCGGGCUACGCGUCCUCCAAGUGGCGGGCGGAGUGUCUUGCAAUUGAGGCGAACGACACCGACCUGGCGAAUGGUGAGAAGCUGAAAACCAUCGCCAUCCGGCCGCCGGUAAUGUUUGGCGAGUGCGACGAGCGGUUCGUACCGUCCAUCACCAAGGUAGCGCUCAAGUUCGGCGGCAGCAUCCCAAAGCUGGCCGGCCCCGGCGGCAAGCAGCAGAUUAUCUACGCCGGCAACGCGGCCUGGUGUCUGGUGCGCGCGAAGGACGCACUGGUCGAGAACGCGAAAAAUAUCGCCGGCUAUCCGGUGUUUGUGACGGACGAGUCCGGCAUCGAGGAUACGACCCGCUUCUGCCAGCGCAUUUCGCGCGCGAACGAUACGCUCAAGCUGCGCCCCUCCAGCUACCAGAUACCGCUGUUCCUGUCCUACUUCCUAGCCUUUCUGCUCGAGCUGAUCGUGAAGGCGCUGCACCCGUUCACGCAAAUCCGGCUGCCCGUUUCGCCGUGCGGUAUGCUCUCCUACAUGUCCUCGAUUAUGCUGUUCAAUCGGAUCCGGGCCUCGAUCUACCUGGACUACGAGCCCAUCUACAGCGAGGAGAAAGCCGUCACGAACAGUGCGCUGUGGUAUGAGCGCUGGUAUCAGGACUACUGUGAAGCCCAAGGGCUGAAGAAGCUGAAGGUGAAGUGAAACCCCGAGGGGAAAAAAGAACACGUAAAGUUGGAGGAGAAAACAAACACAAACAACCAAGUGGUUUAGCAUACACCCUACAUCCAAAAUAGCACUGCCUAGUAUUCCCCGAAGCUUGAUUUCGGGAGUCCGACGAGUGCGAUACGCAAAUCGCUCGUUAAUAGAUCCCCCAUACAGUAUUCGUAGCUAUUUUCUAUACUCACUGUUAGCGAUGCUUUUUUACUGCUUAAGGACUGAAAUCCAUCGGUGCUAAGAAUCACGGGACACUGUGCCCCAGCACAUCUCACAUCUUCGGAUGCCUCCGGCUCCCAAAACUCGACUUCUUGGAAGCUAUCUAAUGAAGCCAAGGCUUUCAGGGGCGUCUUUUGCAAAACCAUUUAAUUAAAAUUAACUUCACGAUUAUUAGGCCGCCUGGUGGAGGGCGACGGAUGGGGUGACGAACUGCCCAGCUUACACAUACGCACCGCGUCGUUGUUCCUGUUUGUUGGCAUUGCCGACAGCACGGGACAUCCAGCCAGGGCUUUUGCACGGUGUGUACUCCUCACACUGCACAGACCGCUGAAAUCGAUCGGUAGAGAAAUUAAUUAAACUUGUUUUUCAGAAGCGAACGUGGGGUAUUGCGUGGCGCUCUUUCUGCCCAUCCAUCCGGCUGGCUUGCCAUCGGACUGCUUCAAACUGACGCGAUACCGUUCAAAAUCUAAUUACCUUCUUCAAUAAUCACGAUAAUCUUUGACAAUCGCACGGCAGCAGCGUGCGGCACAGUUUGUUUAUGCUAAUGUACAUUUUAUUUAUUUUCACUUCACCCUCCUCUCUCUCUCUCCCUCUCUCUCUCUCUCUCUCUCUCUCUCUCUCUCUCUCUCUCUCUCUCUCUCACUCUCUCUUUCCUUCUCCCUGGAGUGAUCGCCUGUAAGAAAGGAUAGAAUGCUAAAAUUACAGUUUUUGUUGUUAAAUUUUUCGGCUUUGCAAAGCACGCCCUCUGCUUUGGUCAUAAAUUCCUCUCUCGACAGGGUUAGAGGCCUUUUUUCGCUCCUUUAAGCCCUCAGAAAUGUAACAUUCCGUACCCUAUUAGGUAGGUAGGUUAAGGGGUUUAGUUAGAUGUUAAUUAUGACUAGAUACUUGGCCGGUACGCCGUAAGGUCCGGUUCAGUUCAGUGUAAAGAGCAAGAUUACGCAAGAUGAAAGCAAUACAAUAAAGAUUGGUCUGGUA